AUGACAGCAGCCACAGAAGCAGAGGAAGCAGCAGUAGAAAAAGAGGCAACAGAAGCAAUUGCGUCAGAAGAAGAGGAAUCAGCCAAAGAAGCAGAAGAAGCAGCAGAAAAAGCAGAAAAAGAACAGACCCUGAGGAAGAAGCAUGCCGAGCAGAUGACGAUGCCCCAGGGAACGACUACCAAAUCAACGGUUAGUUUGAGGGUAAAGCCUAGGAGGCAGCCUGUCUUCCGGAAGUAUGGACGCGCCACGUUUGCGGUAGGAGGAACUGGAACGCGUGCAGGUGUCUGCCUUAUUAGUCAGCCUGUGCUGCUUUAA